AUGUCGUCUCCCUUCUCGAUAAACGGCGGCGCCUGCGUCGCCAUGGUCGGCAAGGACUGUGUCGCCAUCGCCUGCGAUCUCCGCCUCGGCCUCCAGGCCCUCACCGUCUCCAACAACUUCCCCAAGAUCUUCCAGUACGGCGACGUCUUCCUCGGCCUGACCGGCCUGGCCACCGAUGUCAACACCGUCAGCGACCUCUUCCGCUACAAGACCAACAUGUACCGCCUGCGUGAGGAGCGCGCCAUCGCCCCCCGCACCUUUGCCAACCUCGUCUCGUCGUCCCUCUACGAGCGCCGCUUCGGUCCCUACUUUGUCUCUCCCGUCGUCGCCGGCCUCGACCCCAAGACCGGCAAGCCAUUCAUCUGCGGCUUCGACAGCAUCGGCUGCAUCGACUUUGCCAAGGACUUUAUCGUCUCGGGAACCGCUUCAGAGCAGCUCUUUGGCAUGUGCGAGGGUCUUUGGGAGCCUGAUAUGGAACCCGACGCCCUCUUCGAGACCAUCUCCCAGUCGCUGCUCAACGCCGUUGACCGUGACGCUCUAUCCGGCUGGGGCGCACACGUUUACAUUAUUGAGAAGGACAAGGUCACCAAGCGAUUACUAAAGGGCCGACAGGAUUAG